AUGCAACUACUCCCUGUUCUCCUAGCCUCCGCUUCUGUGGUUCAAGCCCACUACAACUUCAACGCCUUGAUCUACGGCGGCACCACUCAAGCAACUUGGCAACAAGUUCGAAAGAGAUCCGACUCAGACAGUCAUGGUCCAGUACUAGACACGUCAUUGCUGGAUAUCCGAUGUGGAAAGGAUGCGUCUUCCGCAUUUGCUCCAGGUAUCCUGUCAGUAGCUGCAGGGUCCACCCUUAGCUUUGUUGUCGACCCAAGCAUUCAGCAUCCUGGUCCAAGUCUAGCAUACUUAGCCAAAGUUCCAGCUGGAAAGACUGCUGCCACCUGGGACGGAAGUGGUGCUGUUUGGUUCAAGGUUUGGGAACAAGGCCCCACCGGAUGGGUUGGUAACGGAGGAGAUUGGCCUUCAAGUGGUUUGACGACUCUCGGCUUUACAAUCCCAAAAGCUACACCGUCCGGUGAUUAUCUUGCACGAAUUGAGCAUAUCGGUCUUCACGCCGCUAGCCAAGCAAACGGUGCACAGUUCUAUCUGUCUUGCGGACAAAUCACGGUGACAGGCGGUGGCAGUGGAACUCCAGCCCCAUUGGUUUCGUUCCCUGGAGCUUACAAGGCAACUGAUCCUGGAAUUUUGAUCCAAAUCUACUGGCCUGUGCCAACUAGCUAUACCAUUCCUGGUCCGGCCGUCUGGAGAGGUUUCUGGGGAGUGUUUUGGAUCGAUGCCAGUGCUUCAUCUACCAUCCAGCGCGGUUACCUCGAUGCUGCUAACGCAUGUCAAGCAGAUACAGGCUCAGAGAUCAGGAACUUUGCAACAGCGAAGGCCUUUUUCGACAAUGUAAAACACCCAUAUCUUUUUGUCCUUGACAACGCCGACAAUCUAGAAUUAAACCUAAAUCCAUAUAUUCCAACGGGAGUUGGUGCCACUAUACUAAUAACCAGCCGGAAUAACGAGAUGCAUUAUUAUGGAACUUCUGGCGCAAAAACUCUGACGGAACUUGAGAUCGAUGAUGCCAUUUCGCUGCUAUUCAAAGCAUCCAACACCCCUAAAUCGGAUCGAACUGAGAAACAAGGCGACGCCGAAGCUGUGGUAAAGCAACUGGCGCAGCAUGCUUUGGCUGUAAUACAGGCAGGGGCAUAUAUCAGCCAGCGUUACUGCACGCUAAAGGAAUAUAUUGAGAGGUUUCAACGGCAACGUGAUUCUCUACUGCGCUUCGGGCAGAUACAAGCUUCAUCAAGAAGCGGAAACGUUUACGCUACAUUCGAAAUCUCCGCCCAAUUUUUAGAGCAAUCCAAAUCAACCAAUCAAGCAUACGCUAAUGCUCUGGAAUUGCUCGGUGUCUUAGGCCAUUUAUAUUUUACGGGAGUGCCCCAGGGUAUGUUCACCUGUGCUUCGAAAUACGCGCAAAACAUUCCGGAAGAGCCUCUUAAUGCCGACGACAUUACGGGUUUGUCGCGUUGGCAUGUGUCAAGGUUGCCUAAAUUUCUCCAUGGACUAUCCCUCAACGACGAAUUAGAUGAUCUACCCACCUCUCUUCAUGAUGCCUUGGGAGUUCUUCGGUCUUUUGCCAUCAUUACGAUUCAACUUGAAACGAAGGAAAUAUCCAUGCAUCCGUUAGCUCACGCAUGGGCAUGGGAUCGACUUAUAGAAGCCGAUAGACAGGAUGCAUGGGUGUGUACAAUGUCACUGAUCGCGCUUUCGACAUGUUCGUGA